ACACCAGCUGCUGCUGCGCCGGGCGCCGCGCUCCGCCGGGCGCUGUUUGCUUGUCCACCCCGUAGCUCGCUGUACCCCGCAGGUCCUCCCCAGGCCUCCUUUUUUUGCAACUUGCCAGGCUUCCUUUUUUCUGGAUCGAGUAACAAAUCAGUCCAGCACCGAGCACCGGGCCCCCUUCCCUGGGCCGGUUGCCCCAAGGCUUGGGGCGCGCAGGGGGCGGGGGCCGCUGCUCGUCCCCGUCCCCCCCCCCCCCUCCCCGCAACUCGGGCCACCGCGGAUGAUCCGCUGUGGAGGAGCCCUGGGCAGACGAUGGAACUGCACAUUCUGGAACACCGGCUGCAAGUUGCCAGCGUCGCCAAGGAGAGUAUCCCGCUCUUCACCUACGGCCUCAUCAAACUUGCCUUCCUGUCUUCCAAGACCAGGUGCAAGUUCUUCAGUCUGACGGAGACCCCCGAGGACUACACCAUCAUCGUGGAUGAGGAAGGUUUCCUUGAGCUGCCCUCUUCUGAGCACCUGAGCGUGGCUGAUGCCACCUGGCUGGCCCUGAAUGUAGUGUCUGGCGGCGGCAGCUUCUCCAGCUCCCAGCCCAUCGGUGUGACAAAGAUCGCCAAGUCUGUCAUCGCCCCGCUGGCUGACCAGAACAUCUCCGUGUUUAUGUUGUCCACCUAUCAGACUGACUUCAUCCUGGUGCGCGAGUGUGACCUGCCCUUCGUCACUCACACCUUGUCCUCGGAGUUCACCAUUCUUCGGGUUGUCAAUGGAGAAACGGUAGCGGCCGAGAAUCUCAGUAUCACCAAUGGCUUUGUGAAGCCCAAGAUGGUCAAGAGGCCAGUCAUCCACCCGUUAUCCAGCCCAAGCAACAGGUUCUGUGUCACCAGCCUGGACCCCGACACGCUGCCCGCCGUCGCCACGCUUCUCAUGGAUGUGAUGUUCUACUCCAAUGGAGUGAAGGACCCCAUGGCUGCCAGUGACGACUGUGGCCACAUCCGCUUCUUCUCCUUCUCACUCAUUGAGGGCUACAUCUCACUGGUGAUGGAUGUACAAACCCAGCAGAGGUUCCCGAGUCAUUUGCUAUUCACGAGUGCAUCUGGAGAGCUCUGGAAGAUGGUGCGGAUAGGAGGACAGCCCCUUGGAUUUGACGAGUGUGGAAUUGUAGCCCAGAUCUCUGAGCCCUUGGCAGCUGCAGACAUCCCGGCAUACUACAUCAGUACUUUCAAGUUCGACCAUGCACUGGUUCCAGAAGAGAAUAUCAGUGGGGUUAUCCAUGCCCUGAAGGUCAGUCAAGGAGGGAAGCAUUAGGAAAGGCUCAUCUCUGGGCUCCUCCUAGCUGCAGUCCACUUGGCCCUUCCCCCCCCCCACACCCCACGAAGGUUAUUCUUGCAGUAUUUCCCUACGGACUGAAAGAUCGGCCCUGGGACCCUACGGAAAGGACGUCUGGGACACACCCCCAGUUCCUGACUCCUCCAGGCCUGGACCCAAACCAAGGCCACCCCCACAUCCACCUCCAGCCUUCCAGAAUCCCCAGCCUUUUCAAUAAUGACUUGGUUUCCCCCCAGUGGGGGCAUGCCCAUCUUCCUCCCCCAAGUUCCACCCCAGAUUGUGGUCUCUGAGGCCCAGGGGGCUUGGAGAGAGCCCAAGGCCUCACAUACACCCUCCAGCAAACACCAAAGGAAGCUGGCACCGCCCACAAGACGUUGGGAUUGGGGUCCUGAUGCACCAAGGGACAUCUUAGGAAGUUGGUGCCGCAAGAGUGGGUGUACAGAGCUGAGGAAGCCCCCGUGAGGAACCUCUCAGGAUGAAUGGUAUGGUUGCUGCUCUAAUCUCAGAGGCUCAGGGGCUGGUUCCCUCAGGACAGAGGCCAGCAGGCCACCCUCAGGUCAUAAUGGUCAGUGAGCCUCGGACAGUGGCAAUGGGCCCUCUGCCACCAAGCUGGGGGAGAAAAACCCAAGACCCUAGACCCCACCUGCUGACCACGCGGGGCCUGUGUCGAUUCCCACUACGACUGCCAAGAGGAGUCCUGGAUCAACCUCCCACCAAGAGCCCUUGCUCCUGGAGGAGGACAGAAUCCCAGGACCCCUCCUUUCCCACCAGCCUAGAGCACCAGCUU